UAUAGCCGACAAGGAGGGUUUGUUGUUUUUACAAGAAGAGGGAAGCCUUUCAUUUCGCACCUGCUGUUUCACUCCUUUAGUCUUAACAAAACAAAAGCCGCCUCAGGUCGUCAGGCCCAGCUCUGUUCUUUCUCUUCUACCAUUUAUUUUUUGUUCUUCUUGCCCCUUUCUUUUUAUUUUGUUGCUUCCCUUUUUUGAGUCAAAUCAAUGGCAGAGGAGAAGAAGGCCCAAGCUUCUGGGGUUUGGCCAAAGGUUAAGCCUUUUGCCAAUGGUGGUGCCUCGGGUAUGCUUGCCACCUGUGUCAUCCAACCUAUUGACAUGAUCAAGGUGAGAAUCCAACUGGGUCAGGGAUCGGCAGCAACUGUCGCCAAGAACAUGCUUAGAGAGGAGGGUUUUGGUGCCUUUUACAAGGGCCUAUCAGCUGGACUUCUUAGGCAAGCUACAUACACUACCGCCCGACUGGGUUCAUUCAAAAUGUUGACCAAUAAAGCAAUUGCAGCCAAUGAUGGGAAGCCCCUACCUCUAUACCAGAAGGCUUUAUGUGGUCUGACUGCUGGUGCUAUCGGAGCCUGUGUUGGCAGCCCAGCUGAUUUGGCACUUAUCCGAAUGCAGGCUGAUGCCACUUUGCCUGCUGCUCAGCGCCGAAACUACUCAAAUGCAUUCCAUGCUCUCUAUCGUAUUGUUGCAGAUGAAGGGGUUUUGGCACUUUGGAAAGGUGCAGGCCCUACUGUCGUCAGAGCCAUGGCAUUGAACAUGGGAAUGCUUGCCUCUUAUGAUCAAAGUGUUGAGUUUUUCAAGGAUUCCCUUGGCUUAGGAGAAGUUGCUACAGUGCUUGGUGCAAGUACCGUUUCAGGUUUCUUUGCUUCAUCUUGCAGUUUACCUUUUGAUUAUGUCAAAACACAAAUUCAGAAAAUGCAACCUGAUGCUGAGGGAAAGUAUCCAUACAGUGGCUCUUUGGACUGUGCUAUGAAGACACUCAAGUCUGGAGGACCAUUCAAAUUUUACACAGGAUUCCCCGUAUAUUGUGUUAGAAUUGCACCGCAUGUCAUGAUGACUUGGAUAUUCCUCAAUCAGAUUCAGAAAGCAGAGAAAAAAUUAGGGUUGUAGAGUUCUCGGAUAUGGGGAUUAAUGUUGGAGUCCAUGGAUCAAAUAGAAUCUUUAUUUUAGGCUUUGUCGUAUUCUUUCAUGCUGGUUCUGGCAAUUUCACACACCCUCGAAGUCAAACCACUUUGUUUACAUUUUUUUUGGAAGUGCAUUCGAAGUAGGGUCUAUCAAGUUCUCUUACUUUACUUCCAGUAAAUUUUAGGGUAUGACGGAAGUAGGAGUCUAGCAUUGCCAUUUGAAUAUGACAGUCACUAAUUUGAAAGUUCACAAGGAACUUAUACCUUUUAAGUAAAAUACAUGUACUCUAUAAACAGGUAUUUGGGGAACCAAGUUCCAAGCAUUGAAUCUUGUAUUUAACAUUUCUUUUUUUUUUUUUAAUUUUCAUAAACAAUUAAGUUUCUUGACAAAUGUUGGUAUCUUGCAAUUAU